AGGCUCGAUGCAAACGUCCAAUAUUUUAAGCCUCUCCGUUGCAGAAAGCGAAGCUGAUUUUGUUCAACUAACGGAACCAGUGGAGCGUUUGUGCGCUCGUCCGGUGUCCUUGUGUAAGAGUGACCUUUGAGUUUAUGACUUCAUGUAGAGCAACAGGUCGUGUCAGACAGAUACAUUGAUACAAUAUGAGCCAGGUUGUUAUUUUCGAAGGAAAUCUUUACCACUGAAGAAUCUAUUCAAAAGGCCUAGACAUAGACACUUCAUCUAAGGAUUGGGAACAUAGCUAAAAGAUAUGAUUCGCUUAGCGGAAUCGUGCAAUGAGAGACAACAAGCAUUCGGCAGCAGAAUCCCCGUAUCUCAAACGAAGCGAAACAGAUCCUUCAAGAUGAGCGACGAUAGAAGAAUCGCAUCAUCGAUAAAGGAUGGCCCUUCAUCGACACUGAGAAAUGCUCAUCGCAAAACAACUUGCGAGCCUGGCAUAGCUGAGUCCAAAAAGGGGAAAUUACCCCCGAAACGACAGCUUGAAAGCGUUAUACCGCAACGAAAUAUUGAAACGGACGUUUUCGAUUGGCUGAGUAAAACUAGCGACAAUUCGGACAAAUAUACGGAGUACUGUUUGGAAAAUAACACAAACAUACGAAGUAGCACUAAGGAGGUUCCUAACACGACACACAGCAGAGUUGACGUCGAAAACAACGACGACCUUGGGAUUACGACAGAACGAGAACCCGAGAUGGCAAAACGUAGUGGAAAUGGCAAGGAGACGAAGUCAUAUUUCGCAGCGAUUAAGAACGCGUUUUUUCCCCUUGAAGGCAAAUAUUUCUACUUGAGCGGUGACCUGAAUAAUCAAAAGGUGUCGCUCACCGAGACAACCAAGACAAUCGGGGAUAAUUUAGGAUAUUCGGUGGAUAAAACGAGCGGUUAUGAAGAUAAAUAUAAGGAGAUUCUCGAGGAUAAGAGAAGUGAAAACGAGACAAAAAUGACCAAUAAGAAAUGGGAGAUUAACGGAUUGAAAGAUACAAAAGUGUACCAUAAUGAUCAACCAACGAACACGGAGGAUAAGGGUGGAUACGUGAGGAGUCAUUAUGGUAGGAUAGAAGAUAGUAUUACAAUACCUAAAGAUAAUAUGACGCCAUUAAAAAUCAAUCUUAAGUUUGAUACAAACUCUGAAAGUCAGCAGAAGGAGAUUAAGAGACUCCGAACACAAAUCGAUAAACUCUCGGCUUUCGUUGAGAGUUCGGACGAGCGUCGCGAACAGUCGGAAAAACGUUUAGCUCAACAAAAAGAAGAGUUGUUAAAACACAUACGCGAGAAAGAGAUUCUUGAAAACCGAGUCUGUUGCCUCGAGGAACUUCGUCGUAAUGUGCAACAGAGAAUUGAUGAUAUUUCAGACGAGAAUAAAUCCUUAAAAAUUACUUUGAAAUUAAACGAAGAAAAACUAGUCGAGGAACGGGGAAGAGUUCAAAUUCUUGAAAAUGAAUGCGCCGCUGAGCGUGAAAAAAAUGUUGAACUGGAGCUAGUUUUACAAACAAUACGCGAAGAAUUAGGCUGCGUGACUCCCGCCAAGAAUCGUGAGUCGAGCGACGAUUCAUUCCUGGGUACAAGAAAUGGUUGCGAUGAUUUGGAAAGAGACUGGGACGAAGGAAGAGUUGUGGUCCAAGGAUUGGAUGAAACUCUGGAUGACAUCGAAGAACCUAAUACGACGCGUGCAAAGCACAGUGGUGGAAAGAAAGUUCAUUGGGGUGACGUACAGACACAACAAAUUGAAGAUUCAUCCCAGAGCGACGCGGAAGAACAUCAUUGGAGCCUGAACACGAGAAAACCCAGGCCUGAGACGGCGAGGCAGUCGAAAACCCAAUACUCAUGCCUUAAACAGCAGGCCAGCGACGAGGUUUUGUGGAAACGGGAGAAGAAGCAGUUCGAAGGUAAAAUGAUGUUGCUGGAAAUGGACAAAAAGAAGCUUCGAGCUCAGCUUGAUUUGGUGGAAGCCAAGAUUAAGAAGGAAGAAGAAAUUGCACAAAAUUUACGAGAAAGUAAUGAAGUCCUAGAAUUCCGCAUUCUGGAAUUAGAAUAUGAAUUAUCAGAAAAGGGAAGGAAAUAGCAGUUUGUUAAAUCCAUCCUACAACGGGACCUUUUAUGUUUACAAAAAAAUGUAAAAUAUCGCGGGGCGUAUAAUUGACCAUUUGCGAAUCCAAAAGUUCCGACUUACAUUAAAAUAAACUAAAUUAUAAUCCAAAAUAUCUGCGUUGUGAUCACUUACAAUGAAUCGCUCCGUGGUUGAAGAUGACAAUGACAUAUGGACCAUAGCAUUGGACGCAAUUUAAUCCUUAUUUCAUAAAGGAAAUGUAAUAGAAACUAAGUUAGCUUUUUAGUAAACAAGCAAGUAGCAUUCUUGAAAGCUCGU